AUGUUGAUGCUUCAGGACGGUCCCGAUAUAGCUCCAGUCGAAUCUUCUGGCGAAUGGCACAGCGCGACUUUUUGGGUGUUCGUGGUGGGAGCGGCUGCAGUGGUGGCAGGCAUGCUGGCCGCGCUCGCCUGCUGGGUCGCGCGGCGCCGGGCCUCCCUUGCGCAUAAGCUUGGUGGCAAGCGUGGUCCGGACAAGGCGUUGGUGUUCCAGCCGCCACGGCGCGCUACUGCUGUGCGCUCGCCGGGCUCCGCUACCCACUAUCUACGCAAGUCCCCAUCGCCCACCGCAGCCGCUCCUACACCAGCAACGUCUCCGCCACAGCCUCAACCACCGGCUCCGAAAGACCUGUCGCCCGGCGGCAACAGUCCGCACAGUCCUACAGCGCCCGCGGAGCCCGCGCCGCUCAGCAAGGAGCUCGCCGAUGCCACCGCUACCGAGAAAAUCAAGCCCACGGAGCCGGAAAACAACGACGGUCGUCUUGGCGAUUUGCAUUUUAAAUUGCGGUAUGAGAAUGAGAAAAGUGCGCUUGUGGUGUCGGUCGUGUCCUGCCAAGGGUUACCAGGUCGCGAGCCGGCCGGCCCCGACCCGUACGUCAAGCUUCAGCUGCUUCCCGAUAAACAGCACAAAGUUAAAACCAGGGUUGUCCGCAAAACCCGCUGCCCAGUCUAUGACGAAGAUUUCACCUUCUACGGCAUCGCCCCACACCAGCUCUCCGCUAUUACUUUGCACUUCGUUGUCCUCAGCUUCGAUAGAUACUCCCGCGAUGAGAUAAUAGGCGAGGUGGUGUCUCCUCUGUCUAACCUGCAGCUGCAAAGUGGCGAGGCUAUGGCACUGUGCCGUGAGAUACAGCCGCGCAGCCUGAAGAUGCGCAGCGCGGGGCGCGGCGAGGUGCUGGUGUCGCUGUGCUGGCAACCGGCCGCCGCGCGCCUCACCGUCGUGCUGCUCAAAGCACGCAACCUACCCAAGAUGGACGUCACCGGACUCGCCGACCCCUACGUGAAGAUGUACCUGCUGUACAAUGGGCAGCGCAUCGCAAAGAAGAAGACGCACGUGAAGAAGCGCACGCUGAACCCGGUGUUCAACGAGUCGUUCGUGUUCGAGGUGCCGGCCGCGCCCAGCGCCUCGCUCGACCACGUGUCGCUUGAGUUGCUCGUGCUCGACUGGGACCGCGUCACCAAGAACGAGGUGAUCGGUCGGCUUGAGCUUGGCGCCAACGGCACGGGCAGCGCGCGGCACCAUUGGCGCGAGGUGCAGGCCGCGCCGCGCCGUCAGAUCGCCGACUGGCACAAACUCAAGGAGUGA